UUAUUUAGUAUAGUGGUUGCUUAAUGGUAAACACAUUUUUAAAGAUCAUUAAAUUUCAUAAAGUUAAAAGAUCAUUAAAUUUCAUAAAGUUAACAUCUAAAGUAUUUUUUCACUGAAACUAUUAGAUCGAUCCAUUUUCUGAGGAUUUUAUUUUGAUUCUUGUCUGAACACAGAAUUGAACUAGUUGAAGAGAAGGAAACUGGUCUCUAAAUUAAAAGAUAAGACUAAGUCCUCCUUAAUCUCCACUGUGUAAUGAAACAUAAUAAAAAUGAGACUUGAUCUGUCUAAAACUAGAGAUGUGAGGAGACUUCAAAAAGUUCAUGGAAAAAUAUUAUGCAGAAUCUGGAUUUUAUGAAAAUAAAUUUUUAUUUGGGAAAUGGAAAUAAAAUAUUAAAAUAAAAAGUAUAGGGUUAAUUUUUAAACAUAAGCUCCAUCAAAUUCAAGACACUUGUGAUGAUACCAGCCAUUUAGCCCAUCCCUAAAAAGCUGAGGGUUCUGGGAAAUUAAUUCAGUCAACGCAGUCUUUAGACUAUUAACUGAAGAAAAAUGGGUUUCUUUUACAGAUUUUUUAAGACUAAGAAACAAAAAGAAGUUAGAAGGGGCCAAAUCAGGACUGUAAGGUGGAUGUCUAAUGACUUCCCAUUGAAACUCUUGCAAAAUUGCCCUUGUUUCUUAAGAGGAAUGAGCAGGUGCAUUUUUAUAGUGGAGAAAGACUAUGGUGAAGCUUACCUGGGUGUUUUUUUUUUUGUUUGUUUGUUUUUGCUAAAGCUUUGGCUUGCUUUCUCAAAAACAUUCUCAUGAUAAGUAGAUGUUAUUGUUCUUUGGUCCAACAAAGACUCAACAAGCAAAAUGUCUUGCACAUCCCCAAAAACUGUUGCCAUGACCUUUUCUCUUGACCAGUACAAUUUUGCUUUGACUGGACCACUUACACCUCUUGGCAGCUGUUACUGUAAUUGUGCUUUGUCUUUAGAAUCAUAGCUAAGUUUCAUCUCCUGUUACAAUUCUUUGAAGAAAUGCUUCAGGAUCUCAGUUCCACUUAUUUAAAAUUUCCAUUGAGAGCUCUACUCUUUUCUGUGGCUGAUCUGGGUGCAAUAGUUUUGGCACCCAUUGAGUGGAAAGUUUGCUCAUCUAUAAUUUUUCAGACAGAAUUGUGUAAGCCGAACCAAUUCAGAUGGCUAUGGUGUUGGCUAUUGUUCGUGCUGUUAAUCCUUGGUUUUCUUCAAUUAGGACAUAAUAAAGUUGAAUUUUUUUCCUUGAAAAUUGAUGUGGAUGGUCUCCUGCAACAGGUUUCAUCUUCAGUAUGGUCUUAUCCCUUUUUAAAAUGAGUUAACUUUUAAAAAGAGUUAUCCAUUUGUAAACUGCUGAUUUCUUUGGGCCAUUAUCCCUAUAAACUUUUCAUAAAACGUGAAUGAUUUCAUUAUUCUUUCAUCCAAACUUUACUGUAAAUUUAAUGUUUGUUCUUGCUUCAAUUUUAGCAGAAUUCAUGUUGCUCUGAUAGGGGGUAUUUUUAAAGUGAUGUCUUAGUGUCUCAAACUAGAUCCUCUUCAGACAUUUUUAUAACAAGUUAGUAUGAGUUUAUUUUGGUGCAAAGUUUUAAAAAAUCCAUGUGUGGUUCUUUUUUUCAUAAUACACACUUUCCAUGAACCUUCUGAAGACCCUUGAUAUAAUGACCAGAUUUCUAGGUAGGAGUUAGACAUUUUUGAGGACUGAUUAAGGAGCAUUGGAACAAGACAGAGCUAGUCUUCUAUUUUAAUUAGAAGUUUGUGGCAAGACUUAGAAGUUUCAAAGUUUUACAAAGUAGAAAAUGGUUGAGUAACAUAGAAUGUUGGCUCUGGGUGUCCUUAACAUGUUACUUCGGAAAUGUAAAAAUUAAAGAAAAAUGCAAUUAAAACUUAAAAAUAGAUUUGAAGAUACCACUUUUAAAAAUUUUGAAUUUGAACAGUCUUAUGAAGAAUAAAAAUACAAACUAAGGAGAAGAACUUUCAAAAAAAGAAUGGGCUGGGCACAUUGGCUCUGAAUUGUAACCCCAGCACUUUGGGAAGCUGAGGUGGGAGGAUCACUUGAGCCCAGGAGUUCAAGACCAUCUUGGGCAACAUAGGGAGACCCCAUCUGGGCAAAAAAAAAUUAGCUUGGUGUGGUGGCACACACCCAUCGUCCCAGCUACUUGGGAGGUUGAGUUGGGAGGAAUCACUUGAGCCCAGGAGGUUGAGGUUUCAGUGAGCCAUGCUUGCGCUGCUGCAAUCCAGCAGCCUGGGUGACAGAACGAGACCCUGUCUCAGAGAAAAAAAAAAAGAAAAGAAAAAAGAAUGGUUAAUUAACUAAUAAAUGUAGAAGAAAUAGUAAAGGUAGAAAAUCACCAUUUUGCAAUCAUUAUAAAAUGAUUUAUUCAGAAGAAUAAUCAAUAAGCUAAAGGUUUGAAGAGGAACAGGAUAUUUACAUAUCAUCAAAGUAUCUCCCUGGAGGUUACUUAUUAAUUACAGAAUGAAAAGUGGAGAAGCCUGACCAAUGCCACCUUAUUGAGUAGUCAAAGUUAACAUCACCAAUGAUGGGAUAAAUUGAGAUAUGAUUCCUGACAUGUUAUACGGAGAAAUGUACAACACUGUUUAUGCAGUAUUCCUGCUGAAAAAGCAUAAUCUGAAUCUAACCAAGUGGAAACAUCAGACAGAACCAAAGGGUCAUUCUUUAAAAUAAUCCCUUGGUGAUCUAGAACUAGAAAUACCAUUUGACCCAGCAAUCCCAUUACUGGGUAUAUACCCAAAGGAUUAGAAGUCAUUCAACUACAAAGACACAUGAACAUGUAUGUUUAUUGUGGCACUAUUCACAAUAGCAAAGACUUGUAACCAACCCAAAUGUCCAUCAAUGAUAGACUGGAUAAAGGAAAUGUGGCACAUAUACACCAUGGAAUACUAUGCAGCCAUAUAAAAAAGGAUGAGAUCAUGCCCUUUGCAGGGACAUGGAUGAAACUGGAAACCAUCAUUCUCAGCAAACUAUCAGAAGAACAGAAAACCAAACACUGCCUGUUCUCACUCAUAAAUGGGAGUUGAACAAUGAGGACACAUGGACACAGGGAGGGGAAUAUCACACACCGGGGCCUGUUGGAGGGUGGGGGGCUAGGGGAGGGAUAGCAUUAGGAGAAAUACCUAAUGUAGAUGACAGGUUGAUGGGUGCAGCAAAUCACCGUGGCACGUGUAUACCUAUGUAACAAAACUGCCCACGUACCCCAGAACUUAAAGUAUAAAAAAAAAAAUCCCUUGGUACUUCUGAAUAAUUUCGAUGUCAUGAAAAACAAAAUGUGAAGUGUCCCAGAUGAAGGAGACUAACAGACAUGCCAGCUACAUGUAAUGUGUGAUCUUGAAUCUGGAUCAGAGAAAAAAAAUCUGUAAAGGACAUUAUUGGGACAAUUAGAGGAAAAUGAAUAUAGCCUGUAUAUUAGUAUUGCGUAAAUGUUAAAUUCCUGGAUUUGAUAAAUGUACUGUGGUUAUUUAUGAGAACAUUCUUUAUUGGGAAGUGAACACUGAAGUAUUUAGGGAUAAAAGGACAUAAUUCUGCAAGUAACUCUUAAAUGGUUCAGCAAAAGUAUUUUGUUUUGUGUGUGUGUGUGUGCACAUGCACACAGAAAGAGAAAUCAAAAGUGGCAAAAUGAUAACAAUUGAGGAAUAUGGUUAAAGAAUAUACAACAGGUCUUUGUUUCAUUCUUCUGUCUUAGUCUGUUUUGUGCUGCUGUAACAGAAUACCACAGAUUGGGUAAUUUAUAAUAAACAGAAUCAUAGUGGCUUAUCGUUCUAAAGGCUGGGAAGUCUAAGAUCGAGAGGCUGCAUUUGGUGAGGACUUUCUUGCUGCAUCAUAAUGGCAGAAGGCAUCACACGGUGGAAGGGCAAAGAGGGGGGAGAAAGUAAGCAACAAAUAGGGCCAAACUCAUCCUUUUAUAAGCAACCGACUCCCUUGAUAACAGCAUUAAUUCAUUCAUAACGGCAGAGCCCUCAUGGCCUAAUCACCUCUUAAAGGUCCCACUUCUUAAUAUUGUUACAAUGGCAAUUAAAGUUCACCAUAAGCUUGAGAGGGGAAAACUUUCAAACCAUAGCAUUUUCCAACUCUUCUGUAAGUUUGAAAUUAUUUCAAUAUAAAAAGUCUUUAUAAAGAGUGAUUAUUAAUCACCUGCCUGAGCAAAGAUAUUAUCUUUGGCUUGAGUCACUCAUCACAGAAUGGAAAGCAUUUGCCAUUGCCAGAAUGAAGCGUGGAUCCCACGAGACAGCUGAUUGCAGAGCUGGAAGAUGAACUUGCAGUGUUAUUUGUCAGUAUAAUUUAGCAAACAAGGUUGGGCUUCUUAGAACUCUCCCAGAUGAUUGCUACCUUAUAUGGAUAAUUCAUUUUAUAAACAUUAAUGAAGUUCCAAUUAUAUAUAUAUGUGUAUAUAUAUAUACAUAUAUACAUAUAUAAUAAUAUAUAUGUAUAUAUAUAUACACACACACAUAUAUAUAUAUAGGAACUUUUCUAGCCUCACUGGAAUUACAGCGAUGAGAAAUUAAUACAGAGAACAGUCUCCCACAGUUGUGAGGGGCAACAGCUACAUAACAAAAUGCCAGGAUAAUGCAGCAGUGAAAGUAAAUAUGGAGAAAAAGUUAGCAGAGGAUACAAUUCAGAUAAUUUUGCGGGAUGGUUUGGUGGAGAGGAAUGACAAUGAGGCACACAAGUUUUCCACUUGACUGAGGUGGAGGAAUGGAAUGAGAGAGUGCUCCAGGCAAAGGGAGCAGAGGCAGCUGACAUAAGAGCUAGGGGUGCCUUGAGACUUUCAAGCAAUUUAGUGUUGUAGAAGUGAAAUAUAGCUUUUUGAUGUUCAGUUUGUAACAACACAAAAGAAAUUAGUUGUCAGCUAAGUUAUGAGUAUUUAUAAGACAUUAAAAUAGUAUAAAAUAAUUAACACUAGAAAACAUACAAUACUAACUGAUCCUUUGAUAAAGUGUUUUUAUUGUGUAUGCAUGGCAUCUUAUUAAACAUGGAAUUCCUCCUUUGACCUUUGUACCUUUUGCAGUAAUUGUCAAACUUGAAUAAUAUAUAGACUCUUUUAAGGAAAGAAAUUCCUAUAAUUCCCAAGAGUCACAUGUUCAGAUAACUAGUGGUUGACAGAUCUUAGUUUGAGAAAUACUGAGUUGAAGAAUGGAAGGAAGUUUUACUUUAUAAAAAAGUUAUUUAAUUACAAAUUACAACUAUAAAAGAGAUAUGUUGUUUUCAGUCAGCAAAAUUAUUUUGGAUUAUUGAAAUAAAAACAAAAUAAUCAAAAGGUGAAUACAAAACAAUAAAACACUUUGUAAUCUUUGAGUCAAAAGCUUAACCUUAAAUAUGUAAGCUUUACAUAACUCUGUAAGUAAUACAUUCAGACACCAAUCAGUACAUGGAAAAGGGCCUGAAUAAACAGUUUACAAAAGAUGAAAUAAAAACCGUAAGCAUUUAAAAUGUUCACCUUUAAUAAUAACUACAAAAAAGCAAUUUAAAAUGAGAGACUACCUUUUUGACCCAUAAAAUUAGUAGGUACUUAAAAAAUGAUAACAUGUUGAUGAGAGUUUUUAAUAAUAGAAAAAAUCACAAACAAUCUCAAUAUCCAACAGUAUGGAAAUAAUUAAUUAAAGUACUCAUUUAUGUAGUAUGACAUUACUUGGACAUUAAAAUAUUUUUGGAGAACUUAAUAUAAAUGCUUCGGCUAUCAUAUUAAAUGCAAAAAAGCAAUGAACAAAAAAUAUAAAUUCAACCUUGUCAAAAUAUACAUAGAAUAUCUAGGCUACUAUGGUUAUGGAAGUCAUUAACAUAUUAAUGGUAGUAGCUGGGUGAAGGGUACCUGGUAACUCUCUGUACUAUUUCUGCAGCUUUUCUGUAAGUCUGAAAUUAUUUCAAAAUGGAAAGUUAAAAAACAUACAUAGAGGCCGGGCGCGGUGGCUCACGCUUGUAAUCCCAGCACUUUGGGAGGCCGAGGCGGGCGGAUCACGAGGUCAGGAGAUCGAGACCACGGUGAAACCCCGUCUCUACUAAAAAUACAAAAAAAAAAAAAUUAGCCGGGCGUGGUGGCGGGCGCCUGUAGUCCCAGCUACUCGGAGAGGCUGAGGCGGGAGAAUGGCGUGAACCCGGGAGGCGGAGCUUGCAGUGAGCCGAGAUUGCGCCACUGCACUCCAGCCUGGGCGACAGAGCGAGACUCCGUCUCAAAACAAACAAACAAACAAACAAAAAAAAAACAUAGAAAAAAAUCUUGCAAGGAAAAAUAUCAAAAUUUUAGCAGUGGUUUCUAUGUGGUAAAAUUGAAUAGCUUUUCCCCUUCAUUUGGAAAAAGGCUUUUCUUUAACUUAAAUUUUUAUAGAGUGAUAUGCCGUAUAAUUUUAAAUGCCAUAUAAUGCCAUUUAAAAAACCCCUCCCCCUAAAACUAAAACAGAAACAAAAUGCUAAACUCAAAACGAAAGUGUCAUCCACCGCCAUUUGGUAAUCAGUGUGGCAGCAAAACAUAAAACAUAAAUGUAAAUGCUAAAUGGUGCAUGUGGAGGGAAGAUAAGAUAGAAUAUCAGCUGGUUAGGGAUGCAUUUUACAGGUGGAACGUGAAGUGUGAAAGUAGAUAAAAGAUAAAUAUAAGGACUGAAAUAGAUUUAGGAAGCUGUGGUACUAAGAAUUUCAUUUCAGGAAAAAGAGGAGAAAGGCUGCUUCUCCAAAGAGAGAAAAUAUCUGCAGUAUUUUAUGUGUAGAAGAGAGUUAGGCUAAUUCUCUGAGUUUUCGGGGAGAUUGAAUUAUAGUAAGUUAUGAGAGCAUUCCCAAAAGGUUAGUUGUUAAUGAGUAAAAAUAAUUUGCCUUAGAUAACUAUCUUCGUACUUGUUUUUAUCACAGACUCUUUUCUAAGCAACUCAAGUUUACAGUGAUUCAGGCCUACUUCUGAAGAGACAGCCUUUUAUCUCAAUGAAUGACACAGGGGCUACAAGUGCAGGCUUGUUACCUGGGUAUUUUGUGUGAUGCUAAGGUUUGGAGUACAAAUGUGAUCCUGUCACCCAGAAAAACCAGCAGAUACUCCCUCUGAGGAAGAGGACUUUGGUGAUCCAAGGACGUAUGACCCAGAUUUCAAGGGGCCUGUUGCCAACAGGAGUUGUACAGAUGUUCUGUGCUGUAUGAUCUUCCUACUGUGUAUUAUUGGCUACAUUGUUUUAGGACUUGUGGCCUGGGUACAUGGGGACCCCAGAAGAGCAGCCUAUCCUACAGACAGCCAGGGCCACUUUUGUGGCCAGAAGGGCACCCCCAAUGAGAACAAGACCAUUUUGUUUUACUUUAACCUGUUACGCUGUACCAGUCCCUCCGUGUUGCUAAACCUACAGUGCCCUACCACACAGAUCUGUGUCUCCAAGUGCCCAGAAAAAUUUUUAACCUAUGUGGAAAUGCAACUUUUGUACACAAAAGACAAAAGCUACUGGGAAGACUACCGUCAGUUCUGUAAGACCACUGCUAAGCCUGUGAAGUCUCUCACACAACUUUUACUGGAUGAUGAUUGUCCAACAGCGAUUUUUCCAAGCAAACCUUUUCUCCAGAGAUGUUUCCCUGACUUCUCUACCAAAAAUGGCACUUUAACAAUAGGAAGUAAGAUGGUGUUUCAAGAUGGAAAUGGAGGGACAAGAAGUGUUAUGGAACUCAGGGAUGCUGCAAAUGGUAUCAAUAAACUUCUUGAUGCAAAGUCACUUGGAUUGAAAGUGUUUGAAGACUAUGCAACAACUUGGUAUUGGAUUCUCAUUGGCCUGACGAUCGCCAUGGUCCUUAGUUGGAUAUUUUUGAUACUUCUGAGGUUCAUAGCUGGAUGCCUCUUCUGGCUCUUCAUGAUUGGUGUGAUUGGAAUUAUAGAUUAUGGAAUAUGGCACUGUUACCAGCAGUACACCAAUCUUCAGGAACGCCCAAGUUCUGUAUUAACUAUCUAUGACAUUGGGAUUCAGACUAACAUAAGCAUGUACUUUGAACUGCAACAAACAUGGUUCACAUUUAUGAUAAUACUCUGCAUCAUUGAAGUGAUUGUCAUCCUCAUGCUGAUCUUCCUCAGGAAUCGAAUCCGAGUCGCCAUUAUCCUGCUGAAGGAAGGAAGCAAAGCCAUUGGAUACGUUCCUAGUACAUUAGUCUAUCCAGCUUUAACUUUCAUUUUGCUCUCAAUCUGCAUUUGCUACUGGGUCGUGACAGCAGUUUUCUUGGCGACAUCAGGGGUACCUGUAUACAAAGUCAUAGCUCCAGAGGGGCGUUGCAUACAUGAAAAUCAAACCUGUGACCCAGAGAUUUUUAAUACAACUGAAAUUGCCAAAGCUUGUCCUGGGGCUCUGUGUAACUUUGCUUUCUAUGGUGGAAAGAGCUUAUACCAUCAAUACAUCCCUACUUUCCAUGUAUACAACUUGUUUAUCUUUCUCUGGCUUAUAAACUUCGUCAUUGCAUUGGGUCAGUGUGCCCUUGCUGGUGCAUUCGCCACUUAUUACUGGGCCAUGAAAAAACCUGAUGACAUCCCACGAUAUCCACUUUUUACUGCAUUUGGACGAGCCAUACGAUAUCACACCGGAUCCCUAGCAUUUGGAUCUUUGAUUAUUGCAUUAAUUCAAAUGUUUAAAAUUGUCCUAGAAUACUUGGACCACCGUCUUAAACGUACCCAGAACACAUUUUCUAAAUUCCUACAAUGCUGCCUGAGAUGCUGCUUCUGGUGUUUGGAAAAUGCAAUAAAGUUUUUAAACAGAAAUGCCUAUAUUAUGAUUGCAAUAUAUGGCAGAAACUUCUGCAGGUCAGCAAAAGAUGCUUUCAAUCUGCUGAUGAGAAAUGUUUUAAAAGUUGCAGUUACAGAUGAAGUUACAUACUUUGUAUUAUUCCUGGGGAAAAUUCUAGUUGCUGGAAGUAUAGGUGUUCUGGCCUUCCUAUUCUUCACACAAAGACUGCCAGUGAUUGCACAAGGACCAGCAUCUUUAAAUUACUACUGGGUACCUUUGCUGACGGUCAUUUUGGGGUCUUACCUGAUUGCACAUGGGUUCUUCAGCGUCUAUGCAAUGUGUGUUGAAACGAUUUUCAUCUGCUUCUGUGAAGAUCUGGAAAGAAAUGAUGGAUCUACAGGAAAACCCUACUUCAUAACCCCUAACCUGCAUGGAAUUCUGAUCAAGAAGCAACUAGUUGCCCAGAAGCAGAAAGAGUAGAAAAGCUCCAAACAGUGUCACUCACUUUUAAGUAGAAGUUGUGUAAAUUAGGUUGAUUGUAAUUUGGAAAUGUUGCUUUUGAGGAAUGUGAAAUUUCUGUGCUUAAUUCUAAGAAGUCAGCACCUGCUACCACCUGAGGUGUCAGGUAUUUGAUGACGUUAGCUGCUGUCUACUUUACAGACGGUGGUCCCAGCUAAAGAUCAAAAUGUUAAUGUCAAACGUUUUUUAAAAUCUGUAGCCGAGAGUGUUUUAAUAACUUUUAUAACUCAGCGUGCUGUUUCCAUUGCAGCACUUUAAUAGCCUUUCUUUUUAUAAGUGUAUAUUUGUAAAGGAUAUUCAGGCAAUUUUUGAAAACACUAUAAAUGUGUAAUUAAUUAGCCAUAAAAUAUUGAUUUAUAGUUAACCAGCAUAUGGUACUAAAUUUGUAAAUAUGGUGCUAUGCUUAUAUUUAUACUGUUCAAGCUGGUGGACAACUCUCUAAACUGUGAUUAAACUUGUAUUAAUGGUUCCCUAGGAAGUAUAUUUCAGUGAGUCAUGUCCAUAACAAACAUAGAUGUUAAUGUUAUAUAGGUUCUACGGAGAGCCUUGCUGGGUAAAAAAUACUGUGGAACCUUCAGAGCCCAUUCUGUUUUAGGGAAAUCAUGUUUAUAUUGAAGUCAAAUCUGAGUUCUGGAGUGUCAUUUUCAACAACAUGAACCUCUGUCCAUGGUGAAAAUAUUCUGAACGAAACUGAAAUUGUUACAUAACUCAUGCCUUUUGUCUUUAACCCAAAUUUCUUAUUCCCACUAUAUAGAAAAUCAAUAUGAAUUUGUUUCAGAAGAGUGAUUAUAUCUUUUCAUGAGCACACCUGUAUUUCUAGAUUAAAGAGAUUGUGUGGCUUUGUUCUGCAAAAGGUUUGAUUUUGUCUCACCGUUCAGUGAGGGAAGGGAAAAGUGAGACACUUCAGAUUUUACCCUAAGGAAAUAUACUGUUGGCCCUCCAUCAUCUAAUACCUUUAUAAGGGCACACUGCAGGUCAGGAACUCUCCCCCCUGCAGGGCUUAGGAGGAAAGCUGUUGCCACCUGCCACCCCUGGCUGCCUGAGGUUUCUGAUAGUCAUGUGUAAGUUUUGAAUGGCAGAACAAAGCAUGAAUCACACACACCUUGCCUAGCCAUCCCCUGUGUGCAAAUGUGUAUGAUGUGGUUAACCGUGUAAAAAUGCACCCCAAAAGGAGCAUUGAAUCAAUUUGUAUUUUCUUGGCUUUUACCUUAAACUUGUGUAUAAGGAUUAUUUAUGUAUUGACAGAAAGGAACAUGUUGAUCUGAAUAUCACUCAUAUAUCCAAGAAAAGAGUCAGAAAUGUAUUGUUGUGUUAUAGAUUGAUCUAAAUACGUAUUAAUUAUCUUCAAGUGUAGACACCUAGAUUUAAACUGACUCUGUGGCAGAUUAAUUAAUAGCAAUAAGCCAAUGAAUAGGGAAGAUUUUUAGUAUCUAAUGACUACCAGCUUGUUCUUGGCUUACAUUCUUGAGAUUAUUGUAUUCAGAAGUGUCCGUUGGCUUCACAUUUUGGCAAAGAGCCUUCUGCAUUCUUAUUCUCCUUGAAGUGUAAUGCAGAUAAUGACAAUUUAUCUAUCUUUCUAGGUUAUUAUUCUUUUAUUAUUCAACAAGACAAAGGCCACAACAAAGGACUAGCAGAAUAGUGACCUCUACCUGAGAAUUUGUUAUAACUAUAGAUGUUUGUGCCCUGCCCAAGAGAUUCUGAUAUACUGUGAUUUGAUGUGAGCCACGAUGUGAAUUAUUAUAAAGUUCUCUAUUUGAUUCUGAUAACAUAAAAGUUGAAAAAUUGGCCAGGUGUGGUGUCUCACACCUGUAAUCCCAGCACUUUGGGAGUCCAAGAUGGACAGAUCGCUUGAGCCUAGGAGUUCCAGACCAGCCCAGGCAACAUGGCGAAACCCCAUCUUCAUAAAAAAUAGAAACAUUAGCCAAGUGUGGUGGCGCACACCUGUAGUCUCAGCUACUUGGGAGGCUGAAAUGUGAGGGUCACUUGAGCCCAAGAGGUCGAGGCUGCAGUGAGCCCUGAUCACACCACUGCACUUCAGCCUGGGUGACAGAGCAAAACCCUGUUUUAAAAAAAAAGUUGAAAAAUCACUUGAAUAAAAGAUAAAUCAACACAUAAACUAGUUGCCAAUUUAUAUUAUGAGCUAACGUCUAGUCAGAAAAAUAUUCUCCAUUUACUACUUAUUUGUGUAAUUGAAAUAUGUAGAAUAAAAAUGAGCAUUGUUUUUGAGAAGAUAUUUAGAAGCCAUUUUCUUACAAAGCAAUUAAACUAAAAACUGUGAAAAACCAGGGCAAUGUUCCUCAAAAUUUGCAGUUGAUGUGUUUUUGAAAUCUAAAAUUUCACAAUUUUUAUUUUUCAAGGCUAUACCAUCUAAAUUAUUGAUGGCAAAACAAAAUCAACUUUAAAUAAAUAUAGUAAUUUAGCAAGUAAAUUGAAAAAAAGAAGGUGAAAGUUAUUUUUUCAAUCAUGCAACUGAGAGACACGCAAUAUUGGCAGAAUCUAACCUGUUACACAGAAUGAAAUAAUAUCUUACUGACAUAAUCACAAGGGCUGAUUGUUUUCUCAUAACUAUGUUUACAAUAAUGUUGAUGCCAAACUAUGCUGUUUAAAAAACAAAAAAACAAAAAACAACAAAAAAAGGAUUUUGAACUGCUGGAAAGCGAGUGUACAGCAGAUGGCGAUGUUACUUCUCUUACAGUUCUGCUUUGCUAUUUACUCUGUACCAUUCUUCCUCCUAGUGGAAGAUUUAGAAAGAAAUGAUGGUUCUACUGCAAGACCUUAUUAUGUGAGUCAACCUUUGCUGAAGAUUUUCCAGGAGGAAAAUCCACAAACUAGGAAGCAGUAGAAGAGCAAACUGGUCGU